UAAGUAACAAUAGUCUACAAUGCUCAAAUGCUGUGACGCAUUUUUCGCUUAGUGCCGAAAUGCCGGCCAUUGCUGCAAUUGACCUCGGCCGCGGGGUAACACAUUCCAAGACAUGGAAGACGGUUUACCCUCAGUCUCAGUUGGCGGCGUCGGCUCGAGGUUCAUCUCUCAAAAUGACCUCGAGGAGGCCAAGUCUCGCAGAGAAGACCAGUGGAAGGCAGCAUAUGCCAGGCUCGGACAGGUGCCUCCUCCACAGCCCGUGGAAGAUUCUUUCGAUGGUCGAAGUCUAGCAGAGAAAUUGGCCGCGAACAGAGCCGCGAAACAGGAAGAAUGGGAGGAGAAGACGAAGUUAGCAAAUCAAUUCCGAGCACUGGAAGAGGACGAAAUCAUGUUUCUAGACUCCAUCAGAGAAAAGCAGGCCGAAGAAGAGCGCCUCCGAAAAGCACAGGACGGCGAGGAGCUCUCAGACUUCAGAAAAGCUGUUGCAGCUAGGGAAAAUGACCUCAAUAAGCCUGCGCAGCCUGUUGCACAACCACGAAACCCGAGUGAUAAUGUCCUGGAGAAGCCUAAAGCCAUCGCACUGGCGUCCAAGAAAGAUGUCAAGAAAUCAUUGAAGGGUGUUGUAGUCAAGAAGAAACCAAAGUCUAAUACGCAGAAACCCAGCGAAUCGAAGGCAAAGGAGGCUGCUAAGGACAUCGAUAACGAUGCACCACCAGUCGCAAAACGUCGCAAGAUAUCCGGAUCAUGACGUCCAUUGCAAUCUGCCUUCUGGCUUUCCUGUGGCAUUCCUUGCAGACUUUUUCACUGUAGUUUUAUGUAAUUCGAGAAUAUGCUGUCCAGCCUUGACAUUCCAAUGUCCUCUAAAUACAAUGCCAGAAGCUUCCCUUGGCCAGGUGUCAUCCCCCCCGAGCCGUCGGUGUCGGUGUCCACCGGACAUGGUUGAGGUCCCUUUCCCCAGUCUGUCCCGUUCCCCAGCCAGACAUUCGACCCAUCGCCUCCGCUCUUCUCGCUGCUGCUGCAC